AUGGCCGUCUUCCGCGCGAGCCUGCUCCUCUUUGCGCUGCUCGCCCUCGGCGGUGAUGCUGCCGUCACAGGCGGCGGGACAGCCAUAGCAGAUGCACAGGCCCAAGCAGCCGUCCAGACAGGUCUGAAUGGUCUCAGCGGAGGAGAUGCACAAGCUGCUGCACAAGCCAUCGCAAGCACUGACACCACGGGCGAGGCCCAGGCUUUUGCAAAGGCCACUGCCCAGGCUUACACACAGGCGGCGGACCCGGACGCAUUCGCGCAGACCUAUGCUCAGGCAUUUGCUCAGGCAGCCACAACCAACGUCAACGCUGCUGCCCUUGCCACCGCUCAGGCUGCAGCACAGGGCGGUGCAACGGCGGAUGCUUUCGCCAAGGCAUCUGCCAAGGCAUUCGCGGCUGGUGGGGCACAGGCCAGGGCAUUUGCCAAGGCAUAUGCAGCUGCGAUUGCCCAGUACGGCUGCGACCAGAUCAAGCCACUGCUCGCCAGAGGUGCACAGGCGCAGGCACAGGCAUCUGGUGGUGGAACCGGCUUUGCAGGCGCCUCAGCCUCAGCAGAGGCCCAGGCCAUCCAGCAGUGCUUGGGAGGGAGCAGCUCUCAGGCCACAGCCACUGCCAAGGCCGAGGCGACCAGCUUUGGAGGCUCAGCAAAUGCUGUUGCAAAGGCAGAAGCGACCUCCACCGCCGGCCGGAAGAUGCUCCGCGCUGCGCGUGCAGCCUGA